UAUUCCGGGUAACCAAGGACGCCCAACAGCAGCACGGCCUGCGACAUGGAGACUACCAACGGUACCGCGGCUACUGCUCGCGCCGCCUCAGGCGCUUGCGGAAAGUGCUCAAAAUUCCUCAGGGUGACAGGCGCCACUACCGUCGGCGUGACGUCACAGCCGCCCACCUGACGGGCGCCAGCUCCGAGAGCCGCCUGCUGUGUGUGCCGCUACUGCAAGCGGAGCGGGCCUGGGCGCACGCCAUGCAGCUGAGACAGGAAGCCAACACCGAGCCGCGGAAGAGGUUCCAUCUGGUCGCGCGACUGAGGAAAGCGUGUGCCCAUGCGCAAAUGCUUCUGCAACUUUGUGAGCAAAGCGGCGCGUGCGACGCUCGCACGCAGCUGGAGGCGGGCGCGUACGCCGCGUGGCUCGGGGGAGUGCUGCUCCUGGAGCUGCAGCAGUGGCGCCCCGCGGCCGAGAGCCUCACGCGCGCGCAGCUCGUGCUGGAGAAGCUCAGCGCCGCGCUACCGGAGGACGAGCGCCUGCUGUACAAACAGAAGGUGGAAGAAUUAAAACCCAGCCUCCGCUAUUGCGCGUAUAACAUCGGCGACGAAUCCGCUGCUGGAGACCUCGUCGCCAUGCGGGGCCAGGGGCUCAUUGAGAAUUUGGACACGCUCAUGGCUCAAGCUAAAGAGUCUCGUUCCGGCGUGAUGCACGAAGUGGAAUGGCGCGGCCGCCGCGUUACGGUGCGCCCCGAAAAAGUACGCCUUUUCCUCAUCGCUCUGCAAGAUUUGGACAAGUCAGUGGCCAGCGCACAGUCCGUCCAAGCCAAGAUCGAUAUCCUCGAAAACGUACUCAUGGAUUGCAAGGACGCCAUCACUGCCAUCAAGGAUGAAAUCAAGAACGACCCCAAACUCAAAACCGCAGGGGACAAUCAGCAAGUGUCCAGCGUCAACUACUUGUUGUCGUAUCUUAUGUACCUCCGCCUCGUUCGCACUAUCGAGAGGAACAACUUGCUGGUGCAACAGGCGGAAGAGGCGCGCAAGUACAACACUCAGAUCGACGGCAAGAAGGUUCGUCCCCAGGACUUGACGAGACUUUACGAGAUCAUCUUGCAGAACUACGUGGAACUGCAGCAAUUGCCGGGCUUCGAGAACGAUGCCGCCUAUCAAAACGAGAUCGAGAACGAGUUGAAAGCCUACAGGGCGUUCCGGUGCUAUUACAUAGCGCAAGUCUUGACUGCCCUCAGACGAUUCAGGGAAGCACUGGCCAUGCUUGAGCGUUGCAGUGUUUAUACCUCCGAAUCUUUGAAAUCUAAAUUGCUGGACAAGCAAUUGCUGGAGAAGUUGCGCGUGUUGCAGAAGAACAUCGAGAGUUGCAAGUUCGAGGUUCACGCGGACUCUGUUCUAGAAGACGACGAUGAGGACGAGGAGUCGAAGUACACGAGUGGAAAGUCAUAUAAAGACAAGAAGCCGCUCGUGGAUCGAUUGGACGAUUAUCGUGAGGACUCCCAAGUUUUAACCAAGAACCCAAACAUCUUCAAACUGCCCCCACCGAUGGAAGCUGUGCCUUGCAAACCCUUGUUCUUCGAUUUGGCGUGCAACUUCAUUGAGUUCCCCAAUUUGGACGACAAAACUGGUGUAGCGAACAAUAAAAAGCAGGGCGCCGGCCUCACUGGUCUUGUCAAAGGUUUCUUGGGCUGGGGCAAGAGUGACAAAUAAUACGAAUGUCCUUCUCUUGGUGUUGAUACGAAAUACAUUUGUGCUCAACUGUU